CCACAGCAGACCAAGAGCGGGCCAGACGGUAGUGCAGCAACGGCAGCAUCUACUCUGUUACCGGAGGACGACUGCUCUCAGUCCCUGAGGUCUACUGCUGUGUUUCAGGGUCCCGUACACUGAGCCUGUACCUUCACGCUGGUGCAUCCCUGAAAUUGUUUUUUUGAGGAGCGAGAACAUUUACGUUUUCAAAAAUUAACAGUCUACGGAUCGUGAAGUCGGUUGUGUCAACCCCCUUUUCCCUAAGACGCACAAAAGAAGCACUCCCAAGUCUACCUGGAUAGCUGACAAAGUCGUCCGGUCCGGUUCGAGGUCCAGUGGGGAGAGACGGUGAGGAGAAGUUAGCGCGGAAGGCAAGAGCAAGACAGAAGGCAGGAUGAAUCUCAAGAGUCAUUUGAUUUUCACCCUCUACACUAUUUAUGGGAUUCUUCUGAAAGUGAUGGCUUCAAAAGGCAAAGCUCGAGGCAUCAGCGGUCAAUACCCUCUGGUUCAGAAUAUGACGGUGACAGAGGGUGGGACGGCUAACAUGACCUGCCGUGUGGAGUAUAAUGACAACACCUCCCUCCAGUGGUCAAACCCAGCACAGCAGACCCUCUUUUUCGGGGACAAGAAAGCUUUAAGGGACAACAGGAUUGAGCUGGUGCAUGCAUCGUGGUCGGAGUUGACCAUCAGCAUCAGUGAUGUCACGCUGACGGAUGAAGGCAUGUACACCUGUUCUCUCUUCACCAUGCCUGUCAGAACAGCCAAAGCCUACCUGACUGUUCUAGGUGUGCCGGAGAAGCCAGAGAUCGAUGGCCUGACCAAACCUGCCAUGGAGGGAGACCACAUCACUCUGACCUGCAUGACUCACGGCAGCAAGCCCGCCGCCGACCUGCGCUGGUUUAGGAAUGAAAAGGAGAUCAAAGGUGCCAAAGAGGUGAAUGCAAGUGGGAAGACAUUUACGGUGCGGAGCUCUCUGCAGCUGCACGUGGACAGAAAUGAUGAUGGAGUGGCCUACACCUGCAGAGUGGACCAUGUGGCACUCACACAGACACCACAGCAGGCUACUGAAGUACUGGAAGUCCACUAUGCUCCACGUGUGCAGAUCAUCCACUCCCUUGCAGUCCCUCAGGAGGGUCAGUACUUAAAGCUGGAGUGUGUGUCCAAAGGAAACCCUUCGCCAGAUCCUGUGAUGUGGACAAAGGACGGGAGUGAACUUCCUGACCUGGACAGGAUGAUUGUAGAGGGGAGGGAGCUCACCUUUACUUCACUCAACAAGACAGACAACGGCACCUACCGCUGCGAAGCCGGCAACCACCUAGGGACCAGCAGUGCUGAAUAUGUACUCUACGUCUAUGACGUCCCCACAACCCUGCCUCCAUCCACCACUCCCCCCCUACCUCCCAUCCUUCCAGAUCCUACCGCUCUAUUAGACACCCACGCCUCAGACCCCACAGUCACUGGCAACAGAGAUCCCAACGCUCUGGGGCAGCAUGGCACUGACCAUGCCUUGAUCGGAGGAGUGGUGGCCGUAGUGGUCUUUGUCACCUUGUGUUUAAUCAUUGUUCUGGGAAGAUACCUGGCCAGGCAUAAAGGAACAUACUUGACAAACGAGGCCAAAGGGGCGGACGACGCGCCCGACGCCGACACAGCCAUCAUCAACGCUGAGGGCAACCAUGCACACGCAGAAGAAAAGAAAGAAUACUUCAUUUAGACUGUGCAGCUCUCUUCUUCCCCUUUUCCUUAUUUCAAUCUCUAUAUCUCUUUUUCUCUGUCUCUGUCUCCCCCUUUUCUCCUCCACCUCUGACCACGACCCCUGCCGUGUCAACGAGGAACCCACAGGCAGUCCACAGACAGAGAAGUUCCCCAAGCGUUUUCCUAUUAUUGCCUUUGUCUAUCAUUUACAUCUUGUCCAUUAUAUCUUUUUUUUUCUUUCUUUUUUUUUUGGCAGUCGGUUUUCACAGGCAGCUUGCCGUCAUUGCUGAAAUUAUCCCCUUUCUCAUGUUUUUCCUCAUCUUUGACAUGAAUGCCUGGAAGUCUGUAUAUCUACCAUGACUGCUUCUUACAUGAGCCCUUCUUUAUCUUCUCUCUCCUGUUUCCUCUCUAAGCAGAAACCCCAACACAACACUAUAUCCCCUUUGUUCACACACGUCCACAAACACAUAUCAUAUCUCACAUCAACACGGUGCCUAAAAAUACAGACGCCAUUGAACUUCUGUCAAUGCCUUCAUGUAUUGUCUGUCAGUAGCAAUGUAAAUGCUUUAUAGAUGGGUUAACUGGACCAUCAUUUCAUUGCUUAGCUCACAGCUUUUGAUUAUGUAUUGCGUCUUUUUUUAUUUUAAUGAAGAUCUUUGCUGUUUACGCCUUAUACAUGUCUAUCACACUGAAUAUGGUACUUUUAGAUCCACCUCCCCCAACCCCCUCCCCUAUAAAUAGACUUUUAAUUAAACAGUUGACCCUUGUAAGAUAAGAAGAAGGCUUUGUGUAACACUGUAGCAAGGUUUGUCAGAUAAGUGUAUAAUAUGGUUUUCAUUAUUAGGGUAGGGGUAAUAAAGGGUAGUGUGGUAAUGAUUAGAACAGAGAAUACACACAGAUGCUAGAUGAAGCAUUCCAUCGAAUAAACUCAAUCAAGUAUAUAAAACCAUCUGCUAAAUCUGCUGUCCCUAUGUACUUUUGUCUGUAUAUUCCUCCAGUAUCCAGGCUGCAGUUUAGCGAAACAGCAACACCUUCAGUGUCCUCUUGACAGCUUACCGUAGUUUGUGAUUCACAUAAAGGGUUCAGGUGUACAGAAAGAAUCAAUCUCCUCUCUCUAAAAGAUGUAUAAAUUGUAUUAAAAUGAGUUUAGCUUUCCACUUAGAAUUUUUAUGUUUAUGUGACAUCAUUUUAAGGCUUAUGGACCCCAUGAAAUGUAAAAUUAACCAUGUAUACUGGUACAGUACACAGUUACAGAAUGAAUAGGACAUUAGGUGUUAUAUGAUUUAGAGAAUAGGAAAUUUAGUGUACAUUUUUUAGUAAUGUAAUUUUUUUCUCCAUUUCAUUACACUCUCAAGCAUCCCCAGUGGUUUGUAUACACAUUUCUGUUCAUUUACUGCCUCAUAGAUAAGCAUUCAAUCAUAUGUUACUUUAUACAAAUAAUGGUGACAUCAGUUUGACUAAAACCACAUGUUUUUGUUUCUAUUGCCACCUCUGAAUUUCUGUUUAACAAGUUUCUAACAAUUUAGUUAAACUUUAUAUAUCACAAACAUGUCGGGACUCCCACUUCACAAACUGCAUAACUGAUCUUCUUAUUUCCUUCUUAUUUUGUUGGAGUCGCUCUCCAUGAACUGAACUUUGAUUUCCAUUUCAUGGGGUCUUCAAGCAAAUAAAAGAAAAUAAAUAGAGAAAAAAACGACAGUGUGUGAGUGCUGGGUCAUAUAUCUGCAGGGGCCUCCUUUCCAAAAACUAAAAACUGAAGACAAAUAGAAAAGCACAAAGAUGUCUGUGAGUAACUGUGUUCCUUUGCCAACAACUAGAUUGCCUUGGGAAUUCAAAUGGGUAGUGGCAAGAUGACAAGGCUUUCUUUGAUUCAAUUCUGGAAAAAAAAAAAAAAAGUAAGCUAAAUCAUGCUUUUAUAUAAAAAAUGUUUUUAAUAUUUUUGGUUUAAAUAGUUCUAAGCUCCCUGCUGUGUAUUGUGUCUGCUAAAAUGUGGUUGAUUGUGAAAAUUGCUGUUGAAUUCUGAAUUCCUUCACAUUUGUAUAUUAGCCACCUUAUCUAUUUACUUUUUUUUAUUUUUCAUUCCAUAAUCCUCAUUGGGACCUAUUUUAAACAACUGUAUUUUGUUUUAGCACAAGGCAUGUAUGUAAUGUGUGAGGACUAAAUUGGUAAUACACAUUAGCAUGUUUUGUUUUAUUCUUUUUUUGUAUUUUAAUUUAUUUGAACUAAAGAUAUUUAAGAGAGAACCGCAAUGAAAAUUUGUAACUUAAUUUUGGAGAGCAGUGACUUCUUGUGUUUGUGGCGUUCUACAGAUUGGAGGGACUCAGUGUUGUAAAAUGAUGAAGAAAAAUUACAAAACUGAACAGAAAUAGAAGAAAAUGUGCAUCUGUCUUCUUCACCAAAUCCUUCAAAUACAAAUUGGAAUUGAAUGCAUUCAAAGAAACAUUACCUUAAUGUUGGAGGCAAUACAUAUUUCACACACACUAAGACGACUUAACAAAUCCUUGUAAACAACUUCUGUUUGUUUUCAUAUAUCCCUAGCAUUUGUCUUUCAUCAGUUUGCAGGAAUUUGGCUAAUUUACUCUCUCCGGUGAAAGAGUGAUAAACACUGUGGCCUCUGGAACUAAAGACUUAAAAGCAAGGCACUAAUCUACUAAGGGAGCACAUUUUUACCAAGGGCAAUAAAAUAGUGGGCCCAGCUGUCUCCAAUUUGGUGGCCAAUUUACAUCAUUAUGCAAAUAAGGUCAGCAAGUAAGGUCUUUCUCUAUGUGUUAUAACUCAAACACUGCACAAGUUGGGAAUCAUUAAACCUGUCGCCACGGAUGUAGAAUUUAGGUUGCAUAUUACAUCUUAAAUAUGUUAAUGAUUUGUUUUAAAAAUGCAGAAGCUUUGCCGCAUUUUUCCAUAUGUAAUAAUUUUAGUGCACUUCAAUCAAUAUAUCACUAUUUCCAGGUUUGACUUCAGCCUCACAACGUUUCUUCAGUAGACCCAGACUAAAGCGUCUGGUCUUCAGAGAGCUUCUGUAUUAGAUGUGUGUGUAUAGAUACAUUUAUCACUCAUUUAAUGAUGUAAUGUUUUUUGUUUACUUUUCUAUCCUCUUUUCAUUGUGUCUUAAAUCAAUGACGGUGUCAAUUUAAAUUUGCUGUUGCUUUACGCCUGUGUAUCGAAUAGAUUUGUUGAUGGUGAAAUCAGAGAAACAGGCUGUUUUAUAUUAAAUGAACAUUCAUAAAUGACCAGGUCUGCAGUGAUGAGUUGGUGUUUAGAAAUUAAACAGGUGCCAUUUUCUGAAUUAUGCCCUCUGGCUAAUUUGAUGGAUAUUUCUUAGUAAAUGGUGAAAUGUUUUGUUUAUUGUUUUUCUUUCUGAAAACCACCUGUAAAUAUUUGUUUUGACAUGACCGUAAUGAGCUAAUUUUUUGCAAAUGGCUUUUUAUGAUAGUUAGACCAAACCUAAAUCUUUCUUUAAUUUGUCAUUCUAACAGCUUGGCACAUACCAUCAUGCACUACUUUACUAUGAUAGAAUCAACUGUAGCUGUUACGUCUUUGGGUCGGUUAUCAGUCGUUUUUCUUUUUUAUGUUGUCGGUUGAAACUAAGCUUUAAACUUUUUGCCUCCUUGCUUUCCAACGUAUAUCGGUUCAGUUAAUAUGCGUUACAUCAUGGGCCUCUAAUUUCAUCCUGGCGGCAGGACAGUAAUAGCGUUAACCAUGGGCACUACUCCACUCGCUUCUGUUUGGUAAAUUUCCUGGCUCCAAAAAAACCCACUUUUUUUAACUGAAGGUGGGGGUGGUACAGCUGAGGUUACUUAUUUAUGCAGAUCAGGCAGUGAAAUACUGGCAGUAAUUUUGGCAUGAAAUUGCACACAAUUUUGUGAACACAUUUCAUGAUGGCAAUUGCACAUAGUAACAGACCUGUUCAAUAAAAGACUUGCAUGUGACUUUUAAUUAUUUGUGUGUCCUACCCAUACUUGUAAUAGGCAACAGACAGUAAUUAUAGAAACAUGUUUUAUUAUACUAAAAGUUACUGUCGAUGUUGACUAAGUGCACUGAUAUCAUUAUGUUAUAAAAGAACAUAUCACAAGAUUUCAGUGUAUACUGAUAUUUAAAUUCAACUUUAAAAGGGACAUCAGAACAUCCUAGAAUGCAUAUUUGGGGAGCUGUUUAUUUGUGCCUUGCAACUGCACCUCCAGUUUGCUUCUCUACCCUUCUCCUGCCUGUAUGCUUCUUUUAAAGAGGGAUGAGAUGAGCUGAUGUGGUUGGUGAUCACUGAAGCGUGUCCAAACUCUACCUGCUGAAACUGCAUUAUGUAUUCAUCAGUUAAAGCCUUUUCACCGCACUGCACUGCCCCAGGAGAGGACCUCUGGUCACAAAAUAUUGUCAGUCGGGGCGCACACACACACACAUUUUUGCUCAAGUUUGCGCUCACAAUUGUCCCCAAUCUCAGGAAAUUAGAGGCCCAUAUCCACUAAAAAUGCCAAGUCUGAAUCCCUUUUUAAAAAAAAAAAAAGAGGGAUGAAUGAGAAAGUAAUGGCCACUUUGAGUCAUAAUCUGUCUAAAAUGCUUCUUUUUUUUUUAACAAAAUUAUGGGUUUGCAUUUUGUUUUAACUCAAUGGUUGUGUUCUCCGCUGCAGUGAUGAUAGCAUGACAUGGCCCCGUUCAGGACAACAAUGUGACACAAUUGCAUAUAAAGAUGGUUUUUUUUUUACUUCUAUUUUCAUCUUUUGUUUUGCAUCUCAGGAAAAUAUUUCAUUUAGAUAUUUCUUUUUGUUUGUUUGUUUUUGGUCUUAAAAUGGAGACUUGUAAGCACUUCUCACUCUGCUUGUCCCUGAAUGCUGACACCAUGUAUUUGUUGAGUUUAAGAUUAUCGCAAUGUUAAUAAAAUUAUUCAGUGAUUCUUCAGUAAUUCUGUCAUUGGGAUAUUAAACUUAAAAAAAUGUUUUUUGAUAUGAUCACUGACUUGAAAUACUGACAUUUAGAAAUAUGCUGCAAAUAAUCAUGAGUUUCAAGAAUGAUAAAGUGGAGUUGUGUUUUAGCUUCUGGUAUGUAAGCAGUUCAAUGCGUUUGCCCUCUAUAAUGAUGUUUUCCUUGUAGCAACACACAUCUUUAUGUAUAUCAGUCCUUAGAUGGAAGGAGUUGUGACACACUAUCACUCACAAAAUAUCCACAGAAGAUCAGGAUUAUAGAGCUAGACACACAUUAGUUCAGCUUCUGAUGUACCUUAGUGAAAUAAGGGGUUUCAUAUCAAGCUGUACUGAGAGGGCCUGAUUCAAUAUAGCACCGUAAUGGAGGUGUUUUUCUCCCAUUGUCCGUGGGAUUUAUUUAAUUUAAUUUAGAGAUUUGUUCUCAUGUAUGAAAUGAAAAUUG